UGCUUCCUGUUGGCUCRUAAGCAAACAAAUUAAACAUGAACGAUGAAGAAGAUGAUGAGGAGAAAGAAUUCCUCAAAACUUACGCUCACAGCUAUGGCUACGACGGAGCAAUAGAUGGAAUGAGGAAAAGAGAGUUUGCACGUCUUGAAAACGAAGUCUAUCUUGAUCAUGUCGGUGCAACCCAAUAUCCACAAACUCUUCUGGAUAAAUACUACCAAGAUCUUUCUUCUAACGUGUAUGGGAACCCUCAUAGCAAGAAUCCUAGCAGUCAGUCGACCACAGAAGCUAUUAAUGAAAUAAGAAAUAAGAUAUUAAGGCACUUUAAUACAAACAGUGAUGAAUAUUCUGUAGUAUUCACUGCUGGAGCUACUGCUUCUCUCAAGAUCGUAGCAGAAUGUUUUCACUGGAACAAUGGAAAUUCAGAGAAGCUUUCGAAUUCUUCAAGUUUGUGUUUCUUACAAAAUUGUCACACAUCAGUGAUUGGGAUCAGAGAAGUUGCUUUAAGUAGUGGUGCAAAAGUGGUUUGCAUUAAGGAUGAAGAUCUCCUUCAAUCACAAAAAGGACAACCAAAUAGUCCAUUCAAAAAYACUUAUGCAAAUUUAAUUCAAAAUUUUGAUACUUCAACUUCUCAAUGUUUUGUGGAUGGAACUGAARAAACAAUGGAAUGUUGUUGCCCCAACCUUUUUGUUUUCCCAGCAAUGUGUAAUUUCUCAGGUAGGAAAUAUCCUUUAAAAUGGAUAGCGUCUCUUCAGAAUGGUACACUUGAUACCAAAGUUCAACAGUUGAUAGGCUGUCGUGAUAAGUGGUAUGUAAUGCUGGAUGCUGCUUCCUUUGUGAGUACGUCUCACCUAGACUUAAAGAGAUAUAAGCCAGACUUUAUUUCUGUGUCAUUCUAUAAGGUAUUUGGUUUCCCAACUGGUCUUGGGGCCUUGCUGGUGAGGAACAAGAGUGCCGAUGUGUUGAAGAGGAAGUAUUAUGGUGGUGGAACUGUCCUGGCAACCAUAAGCAGUGAGAGGUUUCAUGUUUUGAAGCCAACUAUAUCUGACAGAUUUGAAGAUGGAACAGUUGCAUUCCUGGACAUUAUAGCUUUAGGACAUGCUUUUGAUUGCUUGUAUCAGCUGACAGGAAGUAUGCAGGCUAUUUGUGAACAUACUUUCACCCUUGCACAAUUUGUCUACAAGAAGAUGGAGGCCAUGACACAUGGGAAUGGAAAAAAAGUGUGCAAGCUAUAUUGUGGUACUGACUUCARUGAUCAAGAUACACAAGGGCCUGUAAUCAAUUUUAAUCUGUUAAGAUCCAAUGGAAGUAUGAUAGGAUAUGGAGAGGUCGACAAGUUUGCAUGUCUGUUCAACAUCCACCUGAGAACAGGCUCCUUCUGCAAUACUGGUGCAAGCCAACAGCACUUAGGAUUAUCUAAUGCACAACUCAAGAAUAAUUAUGCAGCUGGUCAUGUGUGUGGAGACAAUGUGGACCUCAUUGAUGGAUUUCCAACUGGUUCGGUCAGAAUUUCUUUUGGAUAUAUGUCAACAUUUUCCGAUGCACAGAGAUUUCUCAAGUUUGUCAGAGAUUGUUUCGUUGAGAAGGAAGCUGCAAUUCCUUCUAGUUGUCAGGAUAUUAUAAAUUUAUCUGAACCAAACACUUUUAAUAAAUCACCCAAAAAGGAAAAAAAGGAAACACUUUCAUUAGAAGGAGGUGGCACUGUUGUUGAAAAUAGGACUGAAGUACGCAACAAAAAGCAGGAUUUGCAAACUACUAAUGGUGGAUGCCUUAGUCUCACUCUACUAAAAAUAUGCAUUUUUCCUAUAAAAUCAUGUGGAGCUUUUGAGGUUUCCAAGUGGGAAGUAGGAGAAAGAGGACUGAAAUACGAUCGGCAGUGGAUGAUCAUUAAUGAGACAAAGAUCUGUUUAAGCCAGAAGAGAGAAUCAAAGUUAUGCUUGAUACAGCCUUCAAUUGAUCUGGAAAAAGAGAUGCUAAUUAUGGAUGCUCCAGAUAUGCCAUCACUUCAUGUAAGACUUGAUUURAACAUACAUGAGGUGAACAGCUACAAGGUCAAGAUUGGUAUGGAAUGGCUGAAAGAGGUUCUAGAUUGUGGUGAGGAGGCUGCCAACUGGCUAACAUCUUUUCUUGGUAAAAAAUGUAGACURGUCCAACAAAACCCUGAAGACACUAGACAAUCUAAACUUAAACAACAAGGCUGCAAGGAAGUGGCUAGUCCAUCUUCUCUUUCUCUAGCCAAUGUUUCUCAAUACCUUCUAAUCAGUAAAGCAAGUAUAACUAAACUUCAUCAGCAUAUUGUGGAGUCAUCAGAAAAGAUUUCUGCCAAUGAUAGCAUUGAUGACCUAGUAAGCAGGUUUAGAGGUAACCUUAUCAUUGAUGGUUUGAAGGCUUUYGAAGAGGAUAGCUGGAAAGAAAUCCAAAUUGGCCAGCACUUCUUUCAGUUUCAAGGACUUUGUUCUCGAUGUCAGAUGAUAUGUUUGAAUCAAAAAACCGCAGAAAGAACUGCCGAGCCUCUCAAGUCACUUGGAGUUGUUAGACAGACUAAGAUGGGUACAUUCGGGAUUGGAUUGCAGCAUUCAGUGUUGGAAUGUGAACCGUGUCAAGGUGGUAACCAAUGGAUACAAGUUGGUGAUCCUGUAUUUAUUGAGUAUUGAAUAUGUGACAAUGUACAAGAAUAUUUUAGAAUUGUAGUUUUAAYUUGAAAUUUUUAAUAAUUGAAUACAGAACUUUUUAUUAAUUUCCAUAAUCAUUUGACAAUAAUCUCAAUAAAUUAUAAAUCAACACUAUACUGAAGAUUGUGCUGAAAAAACUUGAUUUGGGCUUCCUGUGGAGUUUCCUUACAUAAUUAAGUUUAUAAAUUUUGUGAAAUAAUGUAGGAAAACAAAGUCAUUGGAGAUUUCUGUCAUUCAUAGGAUUUUAAGAGACCGAGGAAAAAAUAAUCUUAAAAAUUGAG